UUUUUUUUCCUUGCUCUGUGUAUUUUAGGAAAUGUCUUUAAUAAUUAUAAGUUGAAUAUUUAUAAGUGAUUAAAAUUAGUGUUUUUUUGUUAUUUUAAUUAAUAAUUCGAUAAUGAGAAUAUCUAUAGAAUCAUCAUACCGAUAGGAGGUGAAAAAAAACAAUAGCAAAAUUGACAUCAAAAAAUAUUGAAAAUAAAAAAAAAAGUUUGUUUGCUGUGCAUAUAUAUGUAUAUAUAAGGUUAUAGUUUUUUUAUGUUUAAAACAAAAUCAAAAGUAAUGAUUUAUAUGGAUAGUAAUUAAAAUUUAGUGAAUUUCGUGUUUAUAUUUAUAUAUAUAUGUAUUUAUAUAUAUAAAUAAACAUAUGUAAAUAUUGUUCCAUUUUGGAAAAUCUUAAUAAUAAUAUCUGUAAUCAAAAUAUUUAUUUCAUUAUGGAUGAUCUACAAAAUUACAGAUUGCAACUUCAACAAGUUGAAGCUGCUUUAACAACAGAUCCGUCUAAUAAAGAAUUAUUGAAAUUAAAAAUCGAUUUGGAAGAAGUAAUAGAAUUAACGCACGAUCUCAUUAAAUCACAACAACAAGAAAAACGACAAACUGAAGAACCGGAUAUUAAAGAUCCUAUUCUUCUUGCAGUAUUAGCAAAUAAAUGGAAUGUCGGAGAGCUUUGUAUGGCUCCAUGGAGCGAAGAUGGAAAGUAUUACGAGGCUACCAUUGAUGGAAUAAACGAAGACGGUGUAGUUAAUGUUACAUUUAACGAAUACAAAAACACAGACGUUACAAUGCUCAGUCAAUUAAAAUCACUCGCUAAAAGACCAGCGUCCGAUUGGGCUGAUCAAAAAGCAAAAAAAAUGCAAGUAGCAGCUGUAGCUGGAGCCGAUCCAAAUAAACAACGGGAAUAUUUAAAGAAAAAGAAACAAAAAAAGCUUCAACGAUUUAAAGAACUCGAAGAAGAAAGGGAGCAGGAAAAAAAUAAAUGGUUGGCAUUUGCAAAUAAGUCAACUAAAAAAGGUGUAAUUAAAAAAAGUAUUUUUGCAACGCCAGAAAAUGCAAAUGGUCGAGUUGGUAUUGGAACUUGUGGUGUUAGUGGUCGUGAAAUGACAAAAUUCAGUAACGGUGAAAAGUGGAGGCGUGGUACAUAAAUAUAUUUGUAAAUAUAUAUAUAUAUAUAACUAGGUCAGUAAGUUUAUAUAUUAAGGGACAUUCUAUUUUUUUUUUUAAUUUAUCAUUCGAUGAAAUUUAUUUUGUUUCAAAAAACAGUUUUCUCAAACUCUUUAAUUUUAUUUAGAUAAAAUUUAACACUUAGAUUUUAUUAUCUUUAAUUUCACUGUUCAUUUAAUAAAUUAUAUGACUGCUAAA